UACGGCGUCGAACUCGGCCAUUUCCUCCCCGGCGCCGUGGAAAGCUUUUUCGAGAAGGUUUAUCCUCUUCCAUCCCAUGCAUUUAUGCACCCCGAGACGACCAGGGAGCGCUGUCGAGAGGGGAGGAUUGACUCAGCCCUGGCACACGCCAUCUGUGCUUUGGCGACCCUUCACUGUGGUUCGGAUCUUCAGACUCGCGACAGAGCCACGUCUUGGGUUCAGACGGCGGAGCAAAAGAUAUGGCAGCACCUCGAGAACCCUACCAUACCUCGUUUACAGGCCCUGCUGCUCGUGAUCAAUUAUCAGAUGGAGACCGGAAAAUUCCAGAGAGCUUUCAUGCUUACGGCUACCGCGGCUAGAUUUGCGGCUGCCAUGCGACUCAACCACGAAAGACCUGAUCUCGACUUUGUUGCCCAAGAGAUACGCCGUCGGAUCAUGUGGUCGCUGAAGAUCACUGAGAGGUACUUCUCCGUUGGGUUACCCGAGUUUGAGGCAUGCCCCAUCGAGACGAUAUACCUGCAAUACCCCUCCUCUGAGAAUGAGUUCAGUAAUGAUAAUGGAAACUCGGGCGAUGGAAGUUGCUAUAGACUCUACGUGAGGCUAGAGAUAACUCGGAGGGACAUCAUGAAGUUGACAAGAGGGGUGACUCUCUGCGACCAACCUUUCCUGCCUUUGGCGAAACUCAUUGGCGACUUUGAAAGUGACUUGGGCGAAAUUGGGUCGUUUAUGCCAGACGGAACAGACUUUUCCUUCGGCAACAUCGAAGCUCUCGACGGCGAUCGGUGGCUAAGGAGGCGGCUGUUCAUGCACAUCUCAUUCCACCAGGCACAUUGCGACUUGUACCGAAUCUUACUUUCAGGAUACCCAGAAGCAGCACCUCGCGUGGUUCUCGAAGCGGUUGAUAUAGACUACAUCACCGCAGCAGAACAAAAUUGCCUCAAACAUGCCACCGCCAUCAUUCGGAUAUUGACGGGCCUCAAUCAGCACAGCACGGCUCAUCUGCUCCUCGAAUUCGACACAGCUAUUUGCGCUUACCACGCCACAAGGCUCCUACUAUUCAUAGCACGAUCGCAAAGAACGCCGGGUUGUCCCUCGCCAGAGUUUGCCUUGAGCCGCGCGGCACUAUGUCUGGCUGCACUUCAACGCUUCUUCCCUUCUUCUGCACUGGUCAAGCCCAUCAUCGAUGAUAUGGAGCGACUUUCCCGAGGGCAUGCACCACAAGAAGCCGGAAUUGGCGGACUUUCUUCACCUGAACAAAGACUGGCCAUUCACAGUCUGCUGAGACAAGCCGACUUUACCGACGAGGACGACGGAGAC